GAAAUAAGUACGUGCAACUGUACACAAUGGGCAUUCAAUCAUUUCUCUCUAAUUAUGAUUACAUGAUUUACAACAACUCUCGUUGAUUAAAUAUCUAUGGAGCGACGUUAUAGGAUCGUAUCUAGCAAUAUCCAUCGAUUAGCAAUAUAUCGACUCAUCAGCUCGGAAUACGCAAGUCAGAUCUGCUGGCGGGCAUGGCAGGUCGGGCUGUUCGUUCAGUCAGAAGCAACAGGCAGCCACGAUGGAAGAAACCAGAGUAGCGGUGGUGACAGGAUCCAACAAGGGCAUCGGUCUGGCCAUCGUCAAGGACCUGUGUUCGAAGUUCGACGGCUGCGUGUACCUGACUGCUCGCGACGAGGAGAGGGGACUGGAGACCGUGGAGGCGCUUCAGGAGGAAGGUCUUUCGGUUCGCUUCCAUCAGCUGGACAUCGACGACGAAGAGAGCAUUACCACCUUCAAGACGCACCUCGAAGAAACCUACGGAGGUCUGGACGUCCUUGUCAAUAACGCUGCCAUUGCCUAUAAAGGAUCCGCGACGGAGCCGUUCGGAGAGCAAGCCGAGAACACCAUCCGCGUCAACUUCUUCGGCACGCUCGCCGUCUGCCGCAGCCUCUUCCCUCUGCUGCGACCCCACGCCAGGGUAGUCACGCUGUCCAGCUUCGUGGGCUUCCUCCCGAGGGUGAACGGGGACGAGCCGCAGGCGUUCAGCCUCAGGGAGAAGUUAUCCUCGGAGGAACUCACCGAGGACGAGUUGAGCGAUCUCAUGAAUCACUUCGUUGAGACGGCGAAGGACGGGACCUGGACGGAAGCAGGGUGGCAAAACAGCGCGUACUCAGUCAGCAAAGUGGGAGUGACAGCCCUGACCCGCGUCCAGCAGCGAGCCUUCGAUGAUGACCCGCGUGAAGACCUCAUUGUCAAUUGUUGCAACCCGGGGGCCGUGGUGACCGACAUGAGUUCGCAAAGGGGUGUUUUCACCGCUGAACAAGGAGCCGAAUGCCCCGUCUACUUGGCACUUCUCCCUCCCGACGUCGAGGAGCCAAAGGGUGCCUAAACGGAAAAG